AUGAAUCCUAAAAAUAAUAUUACUUUCGAUACAAGUGCAAAAUUAACACAAUUUUUAAUGAAAUGUAUUGGCUUAUCUUUGGAAGCAUUCACACCAGAAUUAGAGAAAAAUAGAAGUAGAAGUUGGUGGAAAAUAUCUCAAGGAACCUUAUUUUUCUUAUCAUAUCUGUUAUUGUUUUUAACAGCACUUGUUUGUUUGAUUUUAGGUGAAGCGGCAUAUUUUCGCCAGUCUUUGAUCAAUUAUAAAGGAUUUUUGGAUGUUACAGCCGUUGCACCAUGCAUUGGAUUCUGCUUUUUGAGUUUAAUAAAGAUGUUGACAUUUGGGCUAGCAUCGUUGCAAUUGGCGGUUAGUGAUGGCAUUUUAGCUGCUGAUUGUCCAUUUUCCCUAUAUACUGCACAUGUUUGCAUGCAUUUCCGUCUACUAGCACAAAAAAUGCGAACAUUGACUUCCAAAAGUGAGCAUAGAUUGUUGGAUCUAGAAGAUCUUCGCCCUUGUAUAGAAGAACAUCAAAAAUUAAUCGAAAUUGAGAAUAUUUUUAGCCCUUCUAUAUUAGUAAACUUUAUUGGAAGUUCGCUUAUGAUUUGUCUUUCAGGAUUCCAAAUUACGGAAAGUUUGAUUGUUAUUGAGUUAAUAACAUACAUAAUAUUUUUAACAACAUCGCUACUGCAGAUUUACACUCUUUGCUCAUAUGGAAAUCAACUAAUCGAUACGAGUGGCGAAAUUGCAUGGGCUGCAUAUGAUUCACCAUGGACUGAUGCUAGUAUGAAAUAUAAAAAAUCAUUACAAUUUAUUAUACUAAGAGCACAACGUCAGCAAACUUACACGGCGAUGAAAUUUUCUACAGUAUCAUUCGAGAGUUUUGCAUCAGUUCUGAAAGCAUCCUUUUCUUAUUUUACUCUUCUGCGAACGGUUUUCAGCAAAGAUUAG